AUGAGGAUCGACCACCGCGCGUGGACACCGGCACGCGGAGGGGAGGGGUUUAGUAGCGGGCUGGAUCUUGUGAAGUAUAUUAGGAAGAAGCAUGGGGAUUAUUUUGGGAUUUGCGUUGCUGGGUACCCAGAAGCCCACCCAUCUCAGAUACCCGACGGCGCCGAGGUCGCCACCGAAGAGGGCUACGCGGCCGACCUCGACUACCUCAAGAAGAAAGUCGACGCCGGUGCAGACUUCAUCAUAACCCAGCUCUUCUUCGACGCCCAAGUAUUCAUCAAGUUCGUCAAAGACUGUCGUCGCAUCGGAAUCCGAUGCCCGAUAAUCCCCGGAAUCCUCCCCAUCACAACCUACAGAAACUUCAAGUUCAUGACCGAGACCUGCAAGACCAAGGUCCCCAAAGAGGUCCGCGCAGCUGUGGACGCGGCGAAAGGCGACGACAAAAAGCUGGCAGAGUACGGAGUGGAGCUGGCCACCAAGAUUUGUAGGGAGAUACUGAAGGAGACCGGAGUGAGAGCGCUGCAUUUUUAUACGAUGAACAAGGAGGCGCCGGCGCUGGGAGUGCUGAGGAAUUUAGGGUUGGUUGCUGCUCCUGCUGCUGCUGAGAAUGGAAAGGUUGCUGCAGUGAAGAUGUAGGUGUAGGUGGCAUUUCAUGAGAAGUGUCGAUGAUUAUGUUAUUAUACUAUUAUAUUACAGUAAUUGGGAGGUGAAUAACGCUUAAUUAGCUACAUUACAUCUCCCGACUACUUUAUUUAUUUACGUGCUGGAUGUAAUUGAGUGAUCAAUUGAUCAGGUAACGUGUUUACCCCCCCAAGGGGAUGAAGUUCUAGCAUUUAGUAGCACCAAAUAUUUAUUUGAAUUAGUUGUUUGGAUUCAA